GGGGAACGGAACGGGAACGGAGAGAGAACAGAGCGCCCCCACACAGCUGCGGGUUGGGCCCUCCCGAGCAUCCAGGAAGAGACAGCCGGCCACUUCCGGUUCCGCUUCCACGGACCGGACCGGAGCCGACACCAUGACCGCCACGCUCCGCCCGUACCUGAACGCGGUGCGCGCCACGCUGCAGGCCGCGCUGUGCCUCGAGAACUUCUCGUCGCAGGUGGUGGAACGGCACAACAAGCCCGAGGUGGAGGUCAGGAGCAGCAAGGAGCUGCUGCUGCAGCCCGUGAUCAUCAGCAGGAACGAGAAGGAGAAGGUGCUGAUCGAGGGCUCCAUCAACUCCGUGCGCGUCAGCAUCGCUGUCAAACAGGCCGAUGAGAUCGAGAAGAUCCUGUGCCAUAAGUUCAUGCGCUUCAUGAUGAUGAGGGCUGAGAACUUCUUCAUCCUACGCAGGAAGCCCGUAGAGGGCUACGACAUCAGCUUCCUCAUCACCAACUUCCACACGGAGCAGAUGUACAAGCACAAGCUCGUGGAUUUCGUGAUCCAUUUCAUGGAGGAGAUCGACAAGGAGAUCAGCGAGAUGAAGCUGUCUGUCAAUGCCAGGGCCCGCAUUGUGGCAGAGGAAUUCCUCAAGAACUUCUAGGCUGUGCCGUGACUCCGUGGCUUCCCGGUGCCUGUGCAGAGCCGCAUGCCGGGGUUCUCGUGCUAUGGAGGAGGGAAGCUGAGCCCCUGGCUGCGAUCCCGUCUCCUCGCUGGCCGGGGCGGGGGCGGACCGGGCUUGUGCGUGUGUGGGGCUGGGCGGCCCCGCUCCCUGUCCUGUCGCAUUGUGUUUUAUAAAGAGUUACUUGCUGUA